AUGCGCCCCUCGGCAGUCCUUGCCGCCGCCGUCACCAUGUCCGCCAACGCCAACACUGCCGCCGUUGCUGCUCACCCGUGGCUGGCUCCCGGAGCCGACGCCGUCCGCGGCCCCUGCCCGAUGCUCAACUCGCUCGCGAACCACGGCUACCUGCCCCGCACCGGUAAGGAGAUCAGCAUGGCGGACCUAAUCAGCGGCCUCGGGACGGCGCUGCACUUCAACGAGAGCCUCGUGCGCACCCUCGGCACGCCCGCGUUCGCGACGUCGACGACAGGAGACCCGAACACCUUCAACCUCGACGACAUCGCCAAGCACAAAGUCAUCGAGCACGACGGCAGCCUGUCGCGCGCCGACUUCGCCGUCACGGGCGACGCAAAGACGUUCAACGAAACCGUCUGGGCCGAGACCAGGGGGUACCUCGAGGCAGGCGCGUCGGCGGAUGCAAAGGUCGACUACAAGACCAUGGCGGCGGCGCGCAGCAAGCGCAUCGCGACCGCCAAGGCCACGAACCCGCAGUUCGACCUGCCCACCAGCCAAGUCACCGUGUCCCUGGGCGAGUCCGCCGUGAUCCUCGGCACCAUCGGGCAGAGCUUCAGCGAGCCCGCGGCGCCGCUGCAGUGGAUGAAGGUCGUCUUCGAGGAGGAGAGGCUGCCGUUCGACGAGGGCUGGGAAACGUCUGCCACGGAGAUCACCACCGCUCAGGUCCUCGGCCUGUCGCAGCUCAUCGCUACCAGCAGCACCUAA